AUGCGCUCUUUCAUCACUUUUGUGGCAUUCGCCGCCGCCGCCACUGCAGCUACAUCUCCACUCGUUGCCAGGGAGGAUGCCCAGGCCUGUGCUAUGAAAACCCUCCUGUCAAGCAGCGCCUGCAACACCGGCGAUGCUGCCUGUCUCUGCUCCGACUCUGCUCGCAAAUCCGUCAUGGAAGAGAUCAAAGCCGCCUGUGGCGCUGAGCAGAGUGAAGCAACCGACAACCUCGCCACGGAAGCAUGCCGCAUGCAAAAAGUGCGCCGUGCCACCAUGCCUUCUGCCACAGCUCCUGAGGCCUCCGGAUCAUCCUCGUCAGCAUCUGAGCGUGUGAACGGCGCACAAGACAGCUCUGACGGUGAGGGAUGCACAUGCGCCAACACCGGUGCUUCCAAAUCCACUUCCAACAGCCCAGCCGCCGCCGACAAUGAGGCUCAAGGAGAAGACUCCGAAACCGACACCGACACUGAUGCAUCCCCAUCCUCGCAUGGCUCCAACUCUCCCUCUGGCUCAAGCACCGACACCGACAACGAAGCCCACUCACUCGCUCAGAGCAGCCGUGUACACGGAGCAGGUGUCAUGGCUACGCCGGCCACUGCUGCCGCUGGCGCUUCGUCUUCUGCCGCUCGACACGGCGCUUUGGCAACACCAACAUCUUCUUUCCCUGCCAUUCCUACCCCAAGUGGCGCUGACCCAUUCGCCCAGUUCCAGGGCGCUGGUGCGCAAGUUGUCCCCAGCAUGACUGUUGUUGGUGGUGUGUUGGCUGGUAUUGUCGGAGCUUUUGUUGCUCUGUAA